AGCUGUAGCUUUAGUAUAAAAGAUGUUGUCUGCGAAAUAUCAUCAGUCCAAUCUUUAAAUUAGACUCAAGAUGAGAUCUUUUUCUCUUCUUAUACUCCUUCUAGGAGCAGUUGCAUCAGAGCCCUUUUUCUCCAUUGGCAAAGAAUAUGAGUUUGAUUACAAGGGGAAAAUAUUGUCUGGCAUACCUGCACUUGACACUCAUUUUGCUGGUCUGACAAUGAAUGCAAAAGUGAUUUUAACAUCACUUGAGUCCAACAAGUUCAUGCUGAGAUUGAAAGAUGUAAAAGCUGUCAACUUCAAUGAAAGACUUGAUGGUGACAAAUCAAAGAAUUGGAGAAAUCUUAAGACCCCUGAGACCACUGCAGUUGAUUCUGAAUAUGAAACUAUUCUCCAGUCUCCCAUUCAGUUUAACAUGGUCAAUGGUCAAAUUUCCAAUAUUCAAGUUUCUGGAAAUGAACCUGAAUGGUCCUUGAACAUCAAAAAAGCUCUUGUUUCUUUGAUGAAGAUUAGAACUCCAAAUACCAUUGAAGAUCUUGACUCCAACAAUGUUAGAAGCCAAACCAGAGUUCUUCCAAGUAUUUGGAAUGUUGUUGAGGAGGGAGUUGAUGGUAAAUGUGAAAAUAAUUACCAAUUCACUGAAAUUCCUGAAUAUAUGGUUUCUGACAUCUACCCAGAGAUGGAGAAUGGUAAAUGUGGAGGAAAGAAAGUUUUCCAAGUUUCUAAGGUCAGAGAUGUUAACUCCUGUGUUGUCCGCUCAUCUUAUCAGAUCAAUCAGCCAGGAAAAUAUCAAUGUGCAACUGGUAACUGUGGAUCCAUGUGGCAGAGAACUUCUAUGGUCAAAUAUGUAGGAUGUGGAGAAUCUGCCGAGGACAUGGAGGUUCAGCUCAUUCUUACAGAAGGGGAACUUCAACAAGAUCUUUUAGCCAUGAACACAGAGAGUGUUGUCACUGGAACAAGACAAAUCCUCAAACUUAUUUCUUCUAGAAGCACUUCUUCAGUUCCACAGAUUCAUUCUCCAAGAACUCUAGAGGAUCUUCUUUAUGAAUAUCCAAGAAACAUUAACAUGCACCAACAAUCAUCAUCCAGAAGAGAUAUUGAUAGCUACAGAAAGCAACAAGAUCAACUUCAAAACCUAGAGAAGAACCCUAAAUCUCAGAGAUUUGAACCAUCUCUUACUGAGGAUGUGCUUGCCAAGAUGUCUCCAGAUACUCUUAAAGAGAAGAUUGUCAAAGAACUUACUCAAAUAGUUAGAGACCUACAUGAAGUGGAGGAAUUUGAAAAGAAGCAAAUCUCUAACAGAGUUCUGAGCAUUUCAAGAGUUUUCUCUCUUCUUUCUACUUCCACGAUGAAGUCUCUUUAUCAGGAAGUUAAAAGUGUGGGAGCUUCAGAGGAGGAGAAGGAAACACUUAGACAACUUGUUUUGGAAAUAACUGUUAUGUCAGGAACUAACCCUUCUAUUAUGUUCAUAAAGGACCUUAUAGAGUCAGAGGAAGUUUCCCCACUCAGAGCUGGCAUUGCCAUUGCCACCAUCCCUCAUUACAUUGUAACACCUACCAUUGAAAUUCUUGACCAACUGUUUGAACUUGUUCAAUCUCCAGUUGUCAACAAGUACACUAUCCUGAAAACCAACUCACAACUGGCCUUUGCAACUCUUUUAAACAGAGCAUGUAUUGAUCCUUACAGAGUUACCAGAUUCCCUGUAUUUGUCUAUGGAGAAUUUUGCAAUUCCCAAACUUCUGAACUUACUUCCAAGUACAUUCCAUAUCUAGUUGGUCAACUGAAAUCAGAUAAGGAGUCUGAAAGACUUGCAACCAUUUUUGCUCUUGGAACAAUAGGACAUGAGUCAAUUAUCCCAAUUCUCAUGCCAUACAUUGAAGGCAAGGUAGAAACAAGCAAUGCAUUUAUCCAAAGAAUGACUAUUUACUCCUUGAACACUGUUACCAAAGAACACAGAGACAUUCUUCUUCCUGUUUAUUCAGCUCUUGUUCAUAACCCAUCUGAGGAAAGAAAUGUAAGAAUAGCUGCUCUUUCUAUGAUGUUGAAAAUGGAACCAUCAACAGUUCAUUUCCAAAAGCUUGCUACAUCUACUUGGUUUGAGAAGGACAAUGAAUUCCAUAAGUUUGUAUUCUCUACCAUUAAAACUCUAAGUGAUAUCAAGAUUAAUGAGCUGCCAUCUUACAGAAAGGGACUUUACAACAUGGUCAACAAGGCAAGGUCUGUUUUCCACCUGGCAAAACCAACUCCUGUUGUUAUUGCCUCUACCCUAAACUACUUUACUGCUGAAUGGCUUAAAGAACUUCAAGUUGGUUAUGAAUUCCAGGGUGCUUACACAAGUGGUAAACAUAUGAGAGGAGCUUAUGCAAAACUUGAAUACUACUUGGAAGAACUUAAAUUUUCCCCAAUUGAAGUUGCAUUUAAUGUUGAAGGCACUGGAGCGCUGUAUGAAAAGUUUAUAGAAGCUAUGACUGGUUCUAACUAUAAUUAUUUGAACAAUAUUCACCCUGAGUGGAGAGAAGCAAUUUCUUCUCUAGAAAUCAAAACACAGAAAGAUGUACCUUUCAUUGCAAACUUCUGGGGCAAAAUGUUUGACGACAUUCAGUUUGUUAAUGGAGUUCAUGCUGAGCAUGUUGAGCCUCUUAUUGGUAAACUGUCAACAUAUAAUAUUUGUGGAAAGACACCAGUUAACUUUGUUAAGGUCAACAAUGCUGCACCCACUAACAUUCUCAUUCCAUCAGAUAUUGGUCUACCAAUUGUUAUAGAAUUCCAUAUGCCUUCUGUUCUAGCAGUUAAGGGAAAUGUCAAUGUUAAUUGUCACCUAGGAAUGCCUUCACUUUCUUUUGACCUUACAAAGAAAUUUUCCUUCAGCUACUAUGGUUUUGCUGGAACUGUUUCUCCAUUCACCAAAGAACUUAUUGCAGCUGGGCAAACUAAGAAUUGGGAUGUAAAUUAUCCUACUAGGGCCAUUGUUGAAAUGGAGAUGGGAAAACUGAAAAUGACUUUCAAGCCCAAUGAAGAGGGACAAAAAGCUAGCAAAGAUAUCGAUCUUUGGGCCCAUUCAGUUAGGCCAUUUGCAACCAUUAAGCCCAUGGUCUUCCUAGAUGCUACAUCUAUUGUGGCUCAUCCUAACACCAAAACUAUUAGAUCAGGAAGCCAAAAGAAGUCAUAUAACAGACAAUUUGGAGAAUCUCUUGGUCUUGAUUUGAAAAUUGAAAUGGAAACUGAAUCUGAUAUUUCUGAUAACCAGUCAGUUCUUGAUCAACUGAAAUUGUAUAAAAAUAACCCGCUAAACAUGGCUCUAUUUUCCUGGACUAACAGUCCCUUAAACUUUAAUGGAAAACCAAGCUCAAGAUAUCAUUCUGUGAGAAUGGUAUACAAUCCAAGAAAAUCAACCACAAAUGAAAUGGAAAUCAAUCUGUCUGGCUCUAUUGCAAUGCAGAAAAAGGGACAAGCCCCAGAAGCACUUAAUAUCGAUAAUUCUGCAAAUGCUGGUUCUUCUCUUAUUCAGACCCAGCAGUUAGAAGUAAAUGACCAGAAGCACCAGAAGAUUCAAAAACUUAUGCAGCAGCUUGAUAUUGAGCAAGGGGUUGGAUUCUCUACUUCUGUCAAUGUUGUUCUUAAAGGAGCAGAGCAGAAAACAUUUGACUAUUCUUUAACUGCUGGUAAGGGAAUGCGUGGACAUGAAUCGAAAUGGAACCUCCAUCUUGAAAGCCAUGACAAAUGGAAUGUCUGUGUUGAAGGUAGACUUAACACCCCAAAAAUGGCCUCAAGGGAUAUUCAGCAACUUAAAAAGGAUGAUAUUGAAUACUUUUACAAGAACACCAUUGGGUUUGGCAAAACAUGUGAUGAGUCUAAGAUAGCAGUGACUGGAAGAGCUGGAGUAUCAGAGGAUCAGAGACAGGAAGCUGAACAAGCCUUGCCAAGUCAAUUAUGCCAAAAAGCUGUCAGAAAAGUUGAAGCUAUCAGAGGAGAAAAGGAAAAUGAGCAGAAAGAAUCUAAUGCCUACAAGAAGCUACAACAAGAAUUAAUUAAAUAUUCUCAACAAAAGCAGGACUCAUGCAGACAAGCAAUUCGAGAUUAUUCCACACUUGAUAAGGUUAAAUUUAACAUUAGAUUCUCCAACAUUCCUCAUAAUGUCCAAAGAUACUCAAGCUUGUUGGAAUCUGCAUUAAAAGGAUACCUUAUUCCCUACAUUUCAAAGUAUGAAGAUCAGAGAAAUACUAAGAAUGAAAUUGACAUUGAUCUAAAGUUCCACAACAAACUCCAGACUAUGGACAUGGUUGUUCACUUAGAGGAGGAAACUGUCAUGUACCAGAACAUACGCCUGCCUCAUACUGUUAGGAAUAUUCUUCCUCUUGUUGCCUCAAAGAGACUUACCAGUGAAGCUCUUAGCAGAGUAAUUGGUGGACCAGUUCACCCACAAUGCAGAGUUGGAGAUGCUCUUAUAAAAACUUUUGAUAAUAACACCUACAGUUAUGAACUUGAUGACUGUUUCCAUGUCCUUUCAUCAGAUUGUUCAAGACAGGUUAGCCAUGCUAUAAUGGCCAAAGAGAUUGAUGGCAAAAAGCACAUUAAGAUGUUUACUCAAAAGAGUAAGCUAUCAGUUGCACCUAUGUCAUCUUGGGCAGAAUCUAGGCGUUCUUAUGAUAUUGAAGUAGAUGGAAGAUCUAUCCAAUUGGAAAAAAAUGAAAGGAAGGAAAUUGAGUCUGAGCAAACUACAUGGAAACUUGAAAGGACAUCAGAUGAUGUAAUUGUCCUGGAAUCUGAUUACAAUAUUGUUACUCUUGAUGGAAGAACAAUUUGGAUUGAAAGCACUCCUAUCCAGAAAUCUGGUCAACAAUGUGGACUGUGUGGAAACCUGGAUGGUGAUCGAAAAGCUGAUGUACUAAGUGCACAGUCUUGUAUUGCUAGCAGUCCUCAGAUAGCUGCCAUUUCUUACAGAAUCCAAAAAGAGUGUUCAACCUUGUCUAAUGAACAACAAAAGCUGAAAAACCAAGUCUCUUCUUGUGAAAAACCUGAAGCUCAGAAGGCACCAAUUACCAAACUGAAUCAGGGAAAACUUGAUAAGUGUUCUAACAAGGUGCAUUCACUUGUCAAGCAUGGAAGUAGAUUGUGUAUUUCACAACUUCCCAUUGUCAAGUGUGGAAGUGGGUGUGUUCCAAGAUCACAGAUUAACAAGUCUGUUCCAUUCACUUGCCUGCCUGCCAACAGAGCUAGAGUCAAUGAGCUCUAUGAAGAAAAGGUGAGAAACGGAGAGAUUCUGCCUGAACUAAGAAACAUGGAUGUGACCUUUUCUGCUCAGAUGGAAGUUCCUGUUUCCUGCACCCACCCUGGACUUUAAAUUCAAAGUUUAGCACUUUUAUUACUCAAUAUAAUUAGGACUAAAUUG